UUUCCGGUCAGGCGCUGUGCGGGCAGCUCAUCCUGCCCCCUCAGUGACGUGUAGGACCUCCUCCUCCGACACACAGCAGCAGUAAUGGCGGACUACGACACCUACGAUGAGCGGGACCGGGCCUACGGCAGCUUCGGCGGCGGUAGAGGGCCCCGUGGCGGUGGGGGCCCCGGAGGCCCCAGGAAGCAGAAGGAGCUGCCUUCAGAGCCCCCGUUCACGGCGUACGUUGGAAACCUGCCGUUCAAUACGGUGCAGGGCGACAUCGACAUCAUCUUCAAAGAGCUCAACAUCCGCAGCGUCCGGCUGGUCAGAGACAAAGAGACAGAUAAGUUCAAAGGUUUUUGUUAUGUUGAAUUUGAAGAUUUGGAAUCUCUAAAAGAAGCUUUGACGUACGACGGCGCUUUGCUAGGUGAGAGGUCACUGAGGGUGGACAUCGCAGAGGGACGGAAGCAGGAGCGAGGAGGCGGCGGCUUCGGUUUCAGGAAAGACGACGGCGGCAGAGGACGAGGAGGUUCUCGAGGAGGCCCAAGAGGAGGAGGAGGCCGCGACUCCCGGGACGACUACGAGCAACCAGGAGGAGGAGGAGGGUUCAGAGAUGACGACUACAUGGGGGGGCGGAGUCGAGGCGGCGGCGGUGGUCGCCCCGGUGACAGAAGGGGAGGAGCCGGCGGCGCAGGAGGAGGAAUGGGUCGCUUCAGAGAGGGACCCCCCCGAGGAGGCGCGACAGACUUCAGGGAACCAUCUGAAGAGGAGCGAGCGCAACGUCCUCGUCUGCAGCUGAAGCCUCGAACCGUCUCCGAGCCGCUCAACCAGGUCGCCAACCCCAACUCCGCCAUCUUUGGUGGCGCCAAGCCGCGAGAGGAGCACUGACUCAUUUAAACCCCUCACCAUGACCAGACGGUGGCGCUAAAAUCACUCGGCGCCAACAGGAAGAAAUUUGAAGGUUUUCGUGCCGUUUUGGUUUUUUCUUUGUGGAUCUGACGCCAAGAAAAUGUUGUAAAAUGACCCCCCCACCCCUCACCCCCUCCUGCAAAGUCCAAAUCAUCGCUGUACAAUAAAAGUUGGACCUUUGGUUUGUAGCUGAAACUGUAACGUGUGCUUUCUUUGAAUCUUUUAAGUUUUCCUGCAGACAGAAAUCUGAGAAGUGACGCGGGGCCGGUCCAGGUGAAUGUUUUCAGCCUCGUGUGGAUCAGGUGAACCAACCUCACCCGCACGGUCGCUGCUCUCAGCCCUGGACGUUUUUCUUAACGAACUCUAGAAUAAAUCAGCAGUUUUAACUUUUUUCUCUUUUUUUUUUUUUUGUUGUUGUUGUUUUUUCCUACACUGUUUAUGGCAAUAAAAGUAUUCUCAUCGUACUCCAACCAUGUGUUUGAUUGGAGGGAGGGGCUCGGAUUCAUCUUUGGGGUUUUUUCUUCUUCCUCCAGAACUGAAGAAAAUAAAGCUCCAUCUGUUCCGCC